AUACCUUUCGUUUCGUUCCCCGAUGAUGCCCGCUUCAUGUGCCGGCGAUACCUUCGAGUCGUGUUGCUCCUCUUGAACCUCUCAGGAACUUAUCAAUUUCUGACGCAGACCUAAUCUUUUUUUAGUGGGUCCCGAGUUCCGCACACGAUGUGAUGUGCCCAACAAUUGCACCUGCUGAAGAUGUCAAGUAAAGUCCAACGGAAGGUAACAGUUGAAAAUGUAAAAGAGAGCAGCGACGCGCCUAGGAGACCCAGUGUGUUUGAACGACUUGGACCUGGAGCUGUGACAGCUCAAGAGAGACACAGUCGUAGUAACGAUCCCGGGGAGAAGUGCAGGAACUGGAUGCGCAGCGGGGCAUGCUCCUAUGGGACCAAGUGCCGCUACCAGCACGAGGCAUACCCACCCCCGCCCUCUUCUUCUUCCUCCAGGCCGCCCAAGUCCGACAGGGACUCUUCCCAGAGGGACCUGAGGCACAAGGUCCGCCACAAGCAGCCAGAGUCCAAGGAGUCCGUGAGCCGGUCACCCUCCCCAAAGAAGAAGAGCUUGGCUGCCGGUAGCGGUGCCGCCGCCAGUAGCCGGGCAAGACGUCCCGAUGCGGAGAGCAAGAUCAAGUCAACGGUGGUGGUGACCCGGCCGCGUAGCCCGUCGUCCGGCGAGGAGGACCGCCCCAAGGAGGCCAAGCCCCCCAAGAACUGGGAAGGCACCUCGGAUGCGGACUGGCCCUUGGAUGAGGCUUCCCUGGACUACAAGGAGGAGCUCUCACUGGAGAUGAAGCGCCAGCAGCUGCAGAGGGAGUUGGACCUGCUCCAGAAGGAGAACCACCUGAAGGGGGCGGGACCGGGGGGAGGGUCUGCGGGGGCAGGCCCCGCCCCCCACCCGGCCAUUACCAAGACGGUGCGCACGGGGGCCGUGGGGCAGCACACUCCCCUGGCUCAGGCCCCCUUCAGCGGGAGCAGCGAGUCCUCGAGCGACUCAGACUCCUCGUCCUCGGACUCCUCGAGCUCCAGUUCGGACGACGACGACAGCGAGGAGUCUUCGAGCUCGAGCUCGUCGGGGGCCAGGUCUCCCUCUUCGCACGCCACGCCCUCCACAGGCCACCCCGCGCAACCUGCGGAGACAACGGCGGGUGGUGGGCGGCACCACCGCAGCCGGAGGGGCCCCGAGGAGCGGCCGGCGCAGGCCCCCAGGGCUAGGGAGCCCCCGCGGUCUGGGCCGCCCCCUCACGGGCACGGCAAGGACUCUUCCCGGCACGGCCGGGACAGGCACGGGCGGGUGCGGGAGGCGGCGGAAGGGGGCCGCUCUCCCCCUCCCGCCUCGUCCGCUCCCCGCAGGGGGCAGGACGGGGACUACGGGGAGUACGGCGGUGGGGGCCGCUCCAGGGGACCGCGGACCCCGAGCCCCAGUGCUUUUGCCGAACCCAGGCGCAAGGCGGCGCCCGGAACGGGCAAGAUGGCAAUGCCCUUCAUGCCUCCUAAGGCGAGAAAGAAGAAGAAGUCGGGAAAGCGGCGUAGGGAGCGGGAGAAGCAGCUGAGGACAGAGCACCGCGGCAUGGGUGCUCGCGGCGCACCCGACCCUCCCCCUGGCUCGCUGGCCGACAGCCCGUCCCCCGAGCCGUCCCCCGUGCCGGGAUCUUCCCGGGCGGGCCGCAGGGGCACCCGUGGCGGUGGGGACGGGGCCCCCCUGCCCCCCCGUGGUCCCCCAGUCCCGCCCCCUCCCGGUGGAAGGGUCCCUUCCGGCAGGUACGGGCGCUCGUCCCCUCCGCCGCCCCCCCACGAGGCAUCGCGCCGGGGGUUGCCCCCGGCCCCCAAGAGGGCCCGCAGGGACUCCCCGCCAACCCCCAUGGACCCCACACCCCCGCCACAGCCACCGCCCAGGGAAUCUCGCAAGAAAGAUACAGAGGGUCGCCACGGCCGCCCGGAGGAGUAUGGGUCCUUGGGUGCCAAGGCGGGCUAUGAGGUGCGCUACGAAGGGGAGGGGCGCCACCCGGGCAGCCGCAAGAGGGAGGCCCCCCCCGGCUACCCGGACGGGCCCCCCCCACCCCCGCCACCCGUCCACCGCGGCGGCCGCCACGAGCCGCCCUCGGAAGGGGACUCCGACGUGCUUGAGCCCGGGGAAGUGAUGCCAGAACACGGAGAGCGCUAUGUGGGCGACCGGGGCCGCUACGACCAGGGCAGGGGACGGGACGGCCGCAGGGUGGACCACCACCGCUCCAGGUCGACAUCCCCCGCCAUGGGCGCUCCCCAGCGCAGCCGCCUUGAGAUGGAACUGCACCGCAUGUCCGAGUACCCUCACUCGCCGCAGCCCGGCGGCCGGUCCCGCAAUCCCGAGCCCAGGGGCAAGCCGGACCCCCGGAGCGCGGACGGAAGACGCGACCCCUAUGCCCGCGGACCCGACCCUCGCGGACCAGACCCCCGUGGACCAGAACUCCGCGGACCGGACCCCCGUGGACCGGACCCCCGUGGACUGGACCCCCGCGGUCCCGACCCCCGUGGACCCGACCCCCGCGACAACCCCUACCGUCGCCCGGAACCCCGCUCCGACCCGCACAAGCUGGACAUGCGGCCAGACAUGCGCCCAGACAUGCGGCCCGACAUGAGACCAGACAUGCGGCCGGACUACCACGGCGGGCGCGGCGGAGACUACCAUGGCCGCGGAGACCCCAAGUCGGACUACCACGGGCGCGGAGAUCCGUACGGCGGACGCGGAGACGGCAGGUCCGCGGACGCGUACCGGGGGCCAGACUAUCGGGACGGGAGGGACCCCCACCCGCGGAUGGACAUGCGCAAGGAGCCGCGGAUGGAGCGCGAUCCGGGCUACGACCCCCGGCAGGACGAGUACGGACGUGGGGACGACUACUUCGGGCGCAUGGACCGCAGGGGGGGAGACUACUACCCCGACGGAUACGGCGGUGGAGGGCGCCCAAUGGACCAGCGGGACCGUGGAUCGCGGGACUCGCGACGGCCCCCUGAGCACAUCAGCCGUCUGGAGGCGCGCGGAGACCCGCACCUGAAGCGCGGGAUGGAAGGGGGCCGGGGUGGGGACCGUCGGAACGACUCGCGGGGACGCGGCGGGGACAGACCCCCUCGAGGGGACCCGGGGCCCUACGGGGGGUCGAAGGGGGACCGCUCGGACUCGAGGGGGCGGAUGGACCCCCACCUGAGGGGGGAGGAGGGGGGCAAGGGAAGGGACUUCUACGACCGGGGCGAAGGCUACAGAGGGGGGGACAGGACGGAGCCCCACCGUGGCGGCGAGGGCCCCUCCGGCGGCCGCGGGUCGGACGCCAGGGGGGACUCCGGCAGGAGGGACUACAAGGGUCGCGGCGCCCCUCCCAAGAUGGAUGACACUGGAUCAAGCCGCUACAGCCGACGAGAAAUAGACAGCCUCCCUGAUGUUCGAGACUCGAGAAUGAGCGGAGGCGGCGGCGGAGGAAGCAGGGACGGGCGUGGGGCCGGUCGUUCGCACUCUCCAUCCCCGGAUCGUGGCUACGACCGCAAGAGGCCUUCCGGGAGAGAGAGGGCGCCCAAGGACCCGUCCCUGAAGCGGGAGGAAGAGGUGGCAAGUCCGAAGGAGGGCGGCGGAGACUCCAGGGAAGGGCCAUCCUCGGGGGGCAGCCGGGGCUCGUCCCCCCGGGGCCGUCCCAGGGGGGACAAGCCCCCGGGGGGCAGCAAGCGCAGCCGCAGCGGCAGCAGGGACCCCGCCCCGGAGAGGCACGACCAGUCCCCCGACACCAGCGUGCCCGAGGUGGUUGCGAGCAAGAUGGAGGUGGCCUCCCCCCUGAGCGAGGACAGCGGGGAGGAGUCGCCCACCAAGGCGGAGGUGUCGGACAGCAAGCACAUGGUGCUCGUCGAGGAGUGCAAGUCGGAGGACGAUAACGAGGAUGGGCAGGAGUUGAAGCCCGGUGCUGCCGAGACGUUCAGCGACUGGAGUGAUGACGAGGAUGACAUCCUCACCCGAGAUGACCCCACCCUGGAGUUUGUCACCAAAGAACCAUUGUCAGACCUCCGAAAUGACACCACCAGCCAGGACAAGACGGAAGAGGCUGUAGAAUCCACCCUGAUCGAAGUGGAUGCCGUGCCCAUCAGUCCCGCAGACUCGCACCGAUCGGCCGACGGAGAUGGUCUCGGAAUGGCCGAGGACUUCGACCCCAUAAGCGACGACGAACUCGAGGCACUGAUCGACGAGUCCGAGGACAAGGAGGCUGCGCCCGAAACGACGGCGACGUCCAUCUCUGACACCCUGGACAUUGACUGGUCGAGCCUGGUGAAGGAGACGCGUCCCAAGGAGGAGGAGCAGGCGGCGUCCAGUGAGAAGCGCGUCUCGGCCCGGGCCCGUUACACGGGCGCCCGGGUGCUGGCCCGCAUCGGCAUCUCCAAGAACCUGGCCGGGGAAGAGCUCACCCAGCAGGUGGUGGAGUUCUGCCGCAAGCAGCUGGCCACGGAGGACGCGGGACAAGAGGGUGGCGGCGAGCCGGAGUUCAAGCUGGAGGACCUGACGGCAGGGUUCCACGUGGCGGCGGUGGCGGCUCGGCGCCAGCAGAGCCUGGUGCUCCAGUCGUGCGGCCGCUACUGCCGGGCCCUGUCGGCACGCAGGGACCUCAUGCUGCGCAGGGCACUCUGCAAGGUGUACGAACCAAGCUCAACGGGACCGGCAGCCACCGUGGACCCCGAGCUGUACAAGCGCAGCCUGCAACUCUUCCAAUCACGUGUCGCCUCCCAAUCACGACCGGUCACGGAAGUGCCGCUCAAGUGCUAGAGACUGCCGCAGAAAUCCAGUCACCCUCACGCUUUGUCCUUCGUUUACAACUUUUUUUUGUUUCUGGGUGGGGAGAGGGAAUACCUCCAACUUGUUUUUGUUUUGCUACCUGGCAUUUCCCAUGGCUACCAUUUUUGGUCGUACUUUCAUUCCAUCGGACAACAGGAAGACAAGUGUCACAACGUUCGAGGCAACACAUUGUGGCGCGCGUUUGGCCAAUUGGGGUUCCAAAUAAACCUUCCCAAAAGAU